UUCAACCUUGCCGUUACUGAACGUGAUGUCAGUUCUGUCAAGGCCUACCUUAAACGUACCACUCACUCUGAUGCCACUGGGGUGGAUGCGGCAACUUAUUCCCAACUGAUGGGGAUUCCGAACAAUCUCCUUGCCUCUUUAUUCUCUCGAGCCUUCCAUGCAAACAACUACCAUGCAAUUGCACUCGAGAGCUGUGUCCUGAAAUUUGCUUCCCUGCUCAUUCACCUCAAACUCAGUCAUGCACUGGAACAAGCUCAGGUCAUUCCCCCCUCGCAGAAUGGUUUCCGAUCAGGAUAUCAUACUAAUAAUAAUGCCUUCAUUUUGCGCACCCUCAUUGAGAAAGCACCGUAUAGGGUGAAUUGCAUGCAUAUGACAAACACCCUCUUCGCUGCGUUUGUGGAUAUAUCUAAUGCUUUCCCCUCCACAAAUCAGAGCUCUCUAUGGAUUAAGCUCGCCAGUCUAGGACUCACCGGUCAAUACUUUGAC